CUCUCUCUCUCUCUAUAAAACUCCAACAGGGGAACGACUUCGGCGUCGUCUUUGCUCUUUUUCGCGUUUUAACCAUUUGUUCCCUCUCUCUCUCUCUCUCUCUCUCUCUCGCUCGCUCGCUCGCUCGGUCGAUUCGUAGCUGCCCAUACAUGAAAGCUCAGGCCCGUCCGUCGCGACCCAGAUGAAUUCAGUUGAAAUGAGUUGCAAUGGGGAAUGCAUUGAUGAAGCAGCAGCCGAGCUAUUGCUUCCUUCUAAUAUGUAUGAUGUGUUUGGAGAAACGGAGAUAAUUCCUCGUGUUGGAGAUGAAUACCAGGUUGAAACUCCAAGGAUGAUUUCCAAAUCUGAUUAUCUGUUGCUUCAAAAGGAUCCCACUGAGGAAGAAGCUUUGGCUGGUGGUCCACUUGGUUUCCUAAUGGGACGGCCCAUAUCCAUCAUGUGGAUAAAUGGAGGAGUUGAGAAUUUUAAGCAUGACGAUGACGCACAUACUAAAAGAGUUUCUGUUGACUCAGAAGGCGUAGGAGGAACCAAUGUUUGUGUAGAAGAUAAUGGCUUAAAAGUCAAAGUUGAGCCCAUGGAUGUCAACUUGAAUGUUAAAUUGGGAAAAUCAAUGUCUCAAGAAGAAGUAAUAAUGCAAAUGAAAGAUGGCACUAUAAGCUGCUUUCCUGUACCGGGUUCCCUGAAGAAUUGCUUGAGCAAAGAGGAAGAGGCAAGUUUUAUCCUUGGAUUGUAUAUAUUUGGGAAGAACCUAGUUCAGGUGAGAAAAUUUGUGGAGAAAGAUAUGGGGGAUGUAAUGGCACAUUACUAUGGCGAGUUUUAUGGGUCUGUCAUGUACCGUAGAUGGUCGGAAUGCCGGAAAAUGAAGAGCAGAAGAUGCAUAUUUGGACAAAAGAUAUUUGUAGGACUAAGGCAACAGGAAUUUUUAUCUCGCUUGCUGCCUCAGGUGUCAGUCGAAAAUCAAACCCGCCUACUUGAGGUGUCUAAGUCAUUUGGAGAAGGAAGAAUGUCACUUGAAGAAUAUGUCUUCACCCUUAAGGCUACAGUUGGUCUGGACAAACUGGUAGAAGCCAUAGGAAUUGGUCAGGGGAAGCGAGACCUCACUGGCCUUGUUGCGGAGCCAUUGAAAUCUAAUCAAGCUAUUCCUGCCUGCCCAGAUAUACCUAUUGGUAAAGCGUGCUCGAGGCUUACAACUGCACAAAUUGUUGAUUUUCUUACUGGGGGUUUCCGGUUAAGCAAAGCCAGAUCUAACGAUCUCUUUUGGGAAGCUGUGUGGCCCCGCUUGUUAGCUAGGGGGUGGCACUCUGAGCAGCCUGAAAAUGGUUCUGUUACUGGUUCCAGGCAUGCUUUGGUCUUUCUCGUUCCUGGUGUUAAGAAAUUUUCAAAGAGAAGAUUAGUGAAAGGAAACCACUAUUUUGACUCCGUGAGUGAUGUCUUGAGUAAAGUCGCUUCAGAGCCGGGGCUUCUUGAUUUGGAAGUGACUGAAGGAUACGGAGCCAAAGGAGAAGAUGGGUGGGCUAAUGGACCAAAAUCAGAAGAUGAAGAUUCAGCUGAUGAGGAGCGCCAUUGCUAUCUCAAGCCUCGAACUCCAAGCCGAAGUACUGAUGGCAUGAAGUUUACUGUGGUGGAUACAAGCAUGACUAAUGGUGAUGUGCGCAAGUUGAGAGAAUUGAGAAGCUUACCGCCUGAAAUCAGUGUCCCCAGUUUGAGAGGUUAUCCUGAAGAAGAUGAGGGGAAUAUCUGUGAGGAGCCAAUCAAUCAAUCUGGCUCAGCUGAUUCGUUGAGUUUUAGUAUGGACGAGACUGAUAUCUCCAAACCUGUAAAAUCUACAGCCUCUAAGAAGGUCUCUUCCGAGAGGAACUUUGAAAAUAUUGCUUCAAGCUGGGGAUCAGCUGAUACUCUCUGUGAUGCUGUGGACAAUUCUGCCAAGAUCCGUGGUGAACGGAAGAACAUUUCUAAAGGCAGCCGUCUUGGAAAAGCUCCAAAAUGUGAACAGAAGCUGAAAGCGAGACCUAGGAACAGGACCCGCCCAGCUGGUGCAGAGAAAAAACUUAAAAAGUCGAGUUUCUGCAAUCUCAGUGAGACAAGCUGCAAUAUCGUCAAUUUGUCUGCUAAUUCCAGAUUUAAACAAGAGGAGGCCAGUAGCUGCUCAAGCAAUCCUAACGGUGCUGAGAAGAUGCACCUCACUCCGGAUCCCUCCCCAGAAGUCCCAUUUACAAGUUUUUCCUUAAGCCAUCCUAACGGUUCCGAGAAGAUGCACCUCACACCAGGUCCCUCUCCAGAAGUUUUUCAAUUCACAGAUUUGCCCCCGAAGGGCAGCCAGGUUGUAUUUAGCAGUUGUGACUAUAAUAAUUCUCAAUUGGGUUACGGUGUGUCGCACGAGAACUUUCAGCCUGGGCAGGAAUUGAUAGACUUGAACUUGCCUGUCCAGCCAGAUGCCGAAUUUAGUGACAACGGAAUAAUGGCAAAUUCACAGAAUGACAUAAAUGCAAGUAACACCACCUCGUCAUGUGUAGCUAAUCUUGAGCAGCAGCCUCACAAUAUGAAUUCCAGGAGGCAGAGCACACGAAAUAGGCCACUCACCACUAAAGCGCUGGAAGCUCUUGCGUUUGGACUAAUGGACACGAAGAAAAAGCGAAGAACCAGGGAUGAGUUCUCCUCAGACCUGAUGCCACGGCCUUCCAGGCGUCCACCAGGCAGGGCCCAAGUUGAUGAAAAUAAGACGGUCCCUCUUGUGAGUUUGAGCCCAGAGGAGCAAAGGAAGGACGAUCUGGGAGGCAUCACAAAUGACAGUCUCUAGAAUUGAUUCGAGAAAUAACUGGCGAAGUCAUUGUUCAUUCUCAGUGGUUGCUAAUUCGCUGGUUUCUGACGUGAGAAGUGCCUUUCUUCAACAUGGCCUUCAUUGGGAUAAGCAGUGAAGUCAGUUCUAAUUUGGAGUUGAGCAAAGUAUUGAUCUCUCCAUUUGGGUUCACUGCUCUAGCCGGUCAUAAGUUCUAGUCUGACCUUCCGGACCGGAAGCUCUGGAUUUCACAGAAUUGUUGUUGUCAUAUAUUUUUAAGUGCAUUUGUAUUUUCAUUAGCAUGAACUGAAGUAGGAUUGCUGCAGAAGAGUUCAUAGAGGUUUUUUUUUUUUUUUUUUUCUAAACAUAGGCCAACAAAUUCUGGGAUUGUUUGUGCUUCUUAUGUUCAUGACAAAACCAUCUGUCAAUACAAUCCAUCAGUUCUUUUUCCUUAUAAUUUA